CCUGUAUAUUUUUGUGAAAAGAUUUGAAUGCUAUUCCAAAUACUGAUACGAUUAUUGGUAAAAUUUUUGCAGUUAUUUGAUGUCAUAUCUUUGUUAUUUCUCGCGGUAAUGAUAAGAGGCACCAAGGGCGAGCAUACGGAGAGCGAAGGAGGCAUCUACGAUAUCAGCAACAAACGUCGGCUGGGCUUGACCGAGAGGGAAGUGGUUUUCGAAAUGAGAAACGGGGUGCUUGAAUUGAUCAAACAGGAGAAACAACUACAAGAAGACUAGCCGUGAUAUCGUUUGUCCGAUGGAAAUCAACGAGCGGCAAACUGUUUUGUCGAUUCCAG